AUGGCCCACACCUCCCGCUUCGAAACUAUGACUUCUCGCUUCUCACCCUCACGUCUGCGCAACUCUCUGCGUCGCAGCUCAUCAGCCUCCACCUCCACCCAGGCUUCCUACUCAUCAGUCAGCACGGCAAGCUCGUCCCCUGUCGUUGCCAUCAACAGCAUCAUCUCGCGACAGCCUUCUCUGUUGCAUCUAGAGGCUGAACGCAAGAGCUUCGGCAGUGAGUUGAGCCUGCUUGAGCCCAGGCCCAUUGUCUACUGGGGCAGCGUGGAGGAGCGCAUCGGUUAA